AUGGCAGUGAUGACAAUGUUGACACUCUGUGCUACUGCGCUUGAUUUAUGGCCGCGCGCUGGUCGUUGGCCAAAAAAAUCAGCUGAAUUUUUGCUCCAGUUGUUGAAGAACGCUGAGAGUAAUGCUGAUUUGAGGGGUUUGGAAGUUGAUCGUUUAGUUAUCGAACACAUACAAGUCAACCACGCCCCUUGUCUUCGACGAAGAACCUACAGAGCCCAUGGACGAAUCAAUCCCUAUAUGAGCAGUCCAGCACAUAUUGAAGUAAUCUUGACUGAAAAGGAAGAUGUAGUUGCAAAGGCAACUGAAGAAGAGCCUUCCAAAAAGAAACUGAGCAAGAAGAAGUUGGCCAGACAAAAGGAAAAAAUGAUGCGAGAAUAAAUUUGAGUCAUUUUUAAGGUCAACUGUAUUCUUUUAAAGUAAACGCUUUCUUCUCCGUAGUUCUUAA